UUUAAACAUACUCAGACGUUUGACCUUUCGGAGAGUUGAGGAUUUUUUUUUUCUAAACAUCUAAGGCUUCUUAAUUAACAUAUAGAUUCUUGUCAACUUUUGAAGCCCUGCUGGAAUUUUGUUGUUUCAGAGUUUGAGAGGGGAUUUUGAACACUUUGGAAUCCUCAUCUGUCUUUUUUUGGGAAGGAGAGGGAAGAAGGCAGCCAUCCAAAGGUCAAGAGUUAAGAAGCUGAGGGUAGAUCUUGCCCCCGCCCCCACCCUCUCUUCCUAGAGGAUAACUCUAUCCUCUUCCACAUUUACUGUGAUCAAGGAAUGCUCCUGCCUUUGCCAUUUGAGAUUGGGACCACGGCCCAAAUUGGCUGGAAGAGAGACGGAAGGAGAAAGGAAAUGGGGAAGAGAAGGAAAGCUAGACUCUCCUAAAUGGCUGCGAACCGCCCGGACCCCCGACACAGCCCGGCGGGAUGCUUGCCGAGGCAGAAUCUAAUGAGCGACGGGGAAAAGCAGGUCAUCUGCAGUGGGGUGGCCGCACAGCAGCCCCCGGGCCGGCCCGUUCCAAGAGUCCGAGCUGCUGAAAUUAAACUCUGAUGCCAUUCCAGCAGCCGGCCAAUCCCCAGAGGGAUCAGAAGUUCAGAGAUGCCACCAAGUUCCCCAGAGCAAAUGUGGCUACUCCACGUCAAGAGCUGGACAGAAGAUGUAGAGACGGAAGGAAAACAACCGUGCAGAGGAUGCCCAGCUGGCAUAUGUGUGUAUAUCAUCUCUCUUUCCCUGCUUGUCUACGCCCAAGAGAGCUGGAAGAAAUGAAUGUCGAACCCUCACCAUACUCCACCUUGCCCUGCUGCCCCGACCCUUUCAUCCAGCGGUUUGUGGACACUCCCGCCCAUUUCUCCUGGAAGGAAAGUUACUAUCGAUCCACCAUGUCUCAGAGCUCCCAGACAAGUGAAUUCCUCAGCCCUGGUGUCUUCCAGCACAUUUGGGACUUCUUGGAUCAGCCGAUAUGCUCCGUGCAGCCCAUCGAUUUGAACUUUAUGGACGAGCCCACGGCAAAUGGUACCACGAACAAGAUUGAGAUCAGCAUGAAUUGUAUCCGCAUGCAGGAUACCGACUUGAGUGACCCAAUGUGGCCGCAGUACACAAACCUGGGGCUCCUGAACAGUAUGGACCAGCAGAUCCCAAAUGGCUCCUCAUCCACCAGCCCCUACAACACGGAUCACGCCCAGAACAGCGUCACGGCGCCCUCGCCCUACGCGCAGCCGAGCUCCACCUUCGACGCCCUGUCUCCCUCGCCCGCCAUCCCCUCCAACACAGACUACCCGGGACCCCACAGCUUCGACGUCUCCUUUCAGCAGUCCAGCACCGCCAAGUCGGCCACGUGGACGUAUUCUACAGAGCUGAAGAAACUCUACUGCCAGAUAGCAAAGACCUGCCCCAUUCAGAUCAAGGUGAUGACCCCUCCUCCCCAGGGUGCAGUGAUACGGGCAAUGCCCGUAUAUAAGAAGGCCGAGCAUGUCACCGAGGUGGUCAAGCGCUGCCCCAAUCACGAACUGAGUCGGGAAUUCAAUGAAGGACAAAUUGCCCCUCCUAGUCAUUUGAUCCGAGUAGAAGGGAACAGCCAUGCCCAAUAUGUAGAAGAUCCCAUCACAGGAAGACAGAGUGUGCUGGUACCUUAUGAGCCACCACAGGUCGGCACCGAAUUCACCACGGUCUUAUACAAUUUCAUGUGUAACAGCAGCUGCGUUGGAGGGAUGAACCGCAGGCCCAUUUUGAUUAUCGUCACCCUGGAGGCUAGAGAUGGGCAAGUCCUGGGCCGCCGUUGUUUUGAAGCCCGGAUCUGUGCUUGCCCAGGUCGAGACAGGAAGGCGGAUGAAGACAGCAUUCGAAAGCAGCAAGUCUCAGACAGCUCAAAGAAUGGUGAUGGUACGAAGCGCCCUUUCCGACAGAACACUCAUGGCAUCCAGAUGACGUCAAUCAAGAAACGGCGCUCCCCUGAUGAUGAGCUGUUGUACUUGCCGGUGAGAGGUCGAGAGACUUAUGAAAUGUUGCUGAAAAUCAAGGAGUCUCUGGAACUCAUGCAGUACCUCCCCCAGCACACCAUCGAGACCUACAGGCAGCAGCAGCAACAGCAGCAUCAGCACCUACUCCAAAAACAGACCUCGAUGCAGUCACAAAACUCCUACGGCACCAGCUCCCCGCCUUUGAGCAAGAUGAACAGCAUCAACAAACUCCCUUCUGUCAGCCAGCUCAUUAACCCUCAGCAGCGCAAUGCUCUCACUCCAACGGCCAUUCCCGACGGCAUGGGAGCCAACAUUCCAAUGAUGGGCACUCACAUGCCCAUGGCUGGAGAUAUGAACGGACUCAGCCCAACGCAGGCUCUGCCCCCCACCCUUUCCAUGCCAUCCACAUCCCACUGCACGCCGCCGCCUCCGUACCCCACCGACUGUAGCAUCGUCAGUUUUUUAGCGAGGUUGGGCUGCUCAUCCUGUCUGGACUAUUUCACGACCCAGGGGCUGACCACCAUCUAUCAGAUUGAGCAUUACUCCAUGGAUGAUCUGGCAAGUUUAAAGAUCCCCGAGCAGUUCCGACAUGCCAUCUGGAAGGGGAUCCUGGACCACCGACAGCUCCAUGACUUCUCCUCGCCUCCCCACCUGCUCCGGACCCCCAGCGGCUCCUCCACCGUCAGCGUGGGCUCCAGCGAGACGCGGGGUGAGCGGGUCAUCGAUGCCGUCCGCUUCACACUCCGCCAGACCAUCUCCUUCCCUCCCCGGGAAGACUGGAAUGAUUUCAACUUUGACAUGGAUGCUCGUCGCAACAAGCAACAGCGCAUUAAGGAGGAGGGGGAGUGACUGAUGCCCGGAGCAGCCCCCUGCCCGCUCUCCUUCAACCCAACCUCUCCUCCCAGCCUCCCCAGCCCCGCUGCAAUACUGAAUCUCCAAGCGCUCCCUUAAGUCAGCCUCUUCUCCCUUAUCUGAUCUCAUCUCCAGAGGAAGAAAGCCACUGCUUGCUUUAACAUGGUAGUCACCCCUGCCCAGCCUUUGGGUCCACGUUAGUUCCGGGUUCCAGGCCUCUGUUCUCUGGCCAUCAGAGGAAGGAGGAUGGCAUGGGUGGGAGGAAGAGGGAGUCUAUAUUAUUGUUGCUUUUUGGUUCUUGGGAUUUUUUUCCUAGACCCUCUUAGCACACUCGUUUUUACCUAAAUGCUAUCCUUGGUUGUAAUUGAGUUUUUGAUUCAAGAUGCUAUAUAAAUAUACAGUAUAUUAUAUAUAUGUAUAUAGAUUUGGGUGGGGGGAAGAGAUGUUGUGGUCAUAAUUUAAAGGAAAGGAAAUUUCGUUGCACUUAAUGAAUUAUUUUUUUCCUUCUUUUAUUUUUCCUUCCUAAAAAUCCUUUCUGGAUGGCUCUUCUCCAUCUUUAGUGAUAAAUGAUAAACCACUGAGCAGCUGAGACUUAAAUCUUAAGUUUUUACCCUGUUGCUUCAAUGUCCUGGUAAGGCCCCAUGGGGUCUGAGAGGGUUUAAUUGGGGGCUUCACGUGCUGAUAUUACACAGAUGGCGGGGACACCUGAAAAGUCCCUCGUUAACUAACCCCAUCCCUGGCAGCGAUUGUUUAGUCCACUUCUCUCUCCAGUUCUAAGGAAAGAGAUCUUUAGGCAUGCAGGGAAAUUUUCAGGCAAAUUCAACUUAUUUCCAAUAACAGAGAAUUUUUAUAAAAAAGAUGCCUCAUGGAAAUAGGAUAUGUUUCUGGGAGGACCAAAACAUGACCAGACAUCCCUCAUACGGACCCAGUUGACAUUCAUUUUGACUUAUUUCCUUUUAAGACACCACCCACUCACCCAGUUCCUUUCUGCCACCAUCUUUAUCAAUCUGCUCUUCUCGGAUGGGAGCAGUACACGGAGAUUAAAUUUCCCAGGUCUAAAGAGUUGAUAUCCACCUCAAGCUGCAAAAAAAAUCACCUUUUUCUUGUUCCUUAUUAGAAAAGUGUUUGAGAAAGUCUUCAGCUCAGAAAUUUCAUCUGUAAAUCCCUUUUAGAAAGCCUCUCAUUUCCCCACAUGAUGCAUCCAUUCAACACUAACCCCAGAUUUUACUCCCUGACAAGGAGGGAUGGAUCAUCACUGGUGACAAUUUCUAAUGACCUACGAGGUUUGGGCAGAAUCCUUUCAAAGGGAGUCCAGCAGAGCUCCCUGGGAAGAGACAAUCCUAUCGUCUGCUGAGCCAGAAAACAGAUUUAGAGAAGUCAAUCAUUAUCCUUGGAAAUGUCCUAGAAGUGCUGACAAUCCGCUGCCCAGGAUGUGGACGGACAUGUCCGUUCUUUAGUUCAAUGUUCUAGACCUCUUCUGAUCAGGAACCAAGCUUUCCUUGGCCCAUUGAAACUUGUUCUUCAGAUUAUCUGUCCUGGCUUUUUUUUUUAAUAUACUUUUCCCACAAGAUGGCCUUGCUUUCAUGAUUUCAUGACAACACACUUUAUCCACGAGCAUCUCUUGGAUUUUCCCUCUGAUUCUGAAUCAGCAAAAGCUGCCGUAUGUCUUUAAAAAGCAGUUAAGCAAUGGCUAAGCACUCGGUCUUUCUUCCAAUGUUCUUCCAACAAAGGCUCAGCAAGACUGUCCUCCACCUCAUGAGAUAAGGCAACACCCUUUCUGAAGUGCCUCUUCAGCACUUCAUUUUAUGGGGCAAGGUGAACUUUAAAAACCCAUCUUUCUAUAUUCCUCUCAGCUCCAGCUUUCUCUCUGUUGUGCAUUUCUCUUGGUUUACAGUCAAGCUGUCCCUGCACAUUAAACUGCCUUAAAAAAAAAAAAAAGAAAGAGAAAAAAUACAAGAUUCUAAACACAACAGAGGAAGUUUGUGUAUAAAGUGUAUAUACUUUUGUGUGCUUGUGAAAAAAGGAUGUUUUUUUUUUAGCUUUUUAUAGUUUUUUUUUCAUCUUGGGAUAGUAGACCUUCCAGAACCACAAAUUAAACUCUCUUUUGUAUUUUUUUGAGGGGGGUGGGAAAGGCCAUAGAGUGCCUGAGUUCUGCAGCCCUCAAGUGCAUUGUUACCUGAUGUGAGGUGGCUGGCCAUAGGCGGGCGAUGAUUGUCAGAGUGAUUUUCACACAUCAGGGAGAGUGAGUCCUAGAUUUCAAGUGCCCCAUAGAGCACUGUGGCCCCAAAUGUGUGGGCCAAGUUGUCACUUGGUUAUUUCAGGGAAGAGAAAUGACUUCCUUAAGAAUCCCAGAGAGUUGAUACCUAUCGCUAAAUAUUCUUUUUUUUUUUUUUAUUCCAAGAACUAUUCUCAUAGAGUUCAAAGAGGACUUGGCUCUUUGGGCAUGCUGAAACCAAACAGCCAAUCCAGAAGUCCCCUUCCAUCCCUCCUUAUCUCGAGUUUGGCUUUAACCCAGGCUAGACCCAGAUACGGGGACUUGGGAUGAAUCCCUCUCUCUCACUCUUUCUCUCUCUCUCUUUUUUUGAUAUGUAUGUUCAGAAACAUGGCAAGUUGGCAGUUGGGAAGUGCUAAUGACAAAGUGGGGGGGGUCAGGGUUCUGGGGGGAGGGGAAGAGAAUCUUUAUACACCCAGAAACUGAAGAAAACUCAGGUCGGGCUAGCCCUUUGAAGAAAGGACUCCAACUUCGGCAAAGGGAUUUCUUUGGUGCUGGGACUAUGGGUGGACAAUUCAUUUCUUCUUAUUCUGCAACGCAUUUAUGUCUAAGUCUCUCCAUGUCUUCUCCUCCCCUCUGGUUUCUGCACAGGUUAAGAGGGAGGAAGAUUAACAGCCAUAUGUCAGUAAUCAUUACGGUUUGUUAAACUAUUUUCAUUUUUGUAUUUUUAUGUUGGCUAUUGUAAAAAAAGUUUCAAAUGUCUCAUCUUUUUUAUACCAUUUUUAAUAUGUUUUUGGAAGAAAAAAGGUACUGAUGAGUGUGAUACUGGAUUUUUUUUUAUUUCCAAAAAAUAUAUAUAUUUUCUGAAUCUUGUGUGUGCUCGGGGUGAGCAGAAAUGAGAAGCCGUUGUUGCUCAUCAGGACAUGCUUUCAAUAAAGAAAUACACUGACCAUGGAA